AGACUCCUUUGUUAUUGUCAGUAGGACCCCGAGCUAAAGGUUUCCUGUUUUAUUGAAUUGAGUGUUUGGCGGCAAGAGAAUAAGGGUGUUUUGCUUUUUAAUAAAAAUAAAUACAAUAAAUCACCAUACCAAAUGCGUGAGCAUUCGCUGUUAUUUCAGUUCAUUGUUUGCGUAAAGAAAAUUGAAAAAAAGGUUCGACAUUUCCCCUGCAAUUGUUUCCCUAAAACAGCAGCGGGCAUUUGUGGAUGAAAACAAGUAAAGUUACCGCAACACCAAAAAUACAUAGCCUGUUUUUGUUUUUUGUUUCUCCAACCCCCACCACAUUUUUUAUGUCUGUCUCCGCAGUCAUAGGGUCCAGAACAAGUGUUAUUAACCACGAUUAAAGCAGGAUGUCAAAGGUGGAUAAAAGUCCAUUAUUCGUGAAAUUCGUACAAAACUUGGAACAGAGUUCAGAUCUUGCAACAAAGGCCUAUGAUGCUAUUAGAGAGUUACAAUUAGAUGAGUUCCUGCAGACUGUUGGUGAAGAAGCAGCACUUUUGUUAAAGCAAAAAGAUCAAUCUCUCUACAUUUCUGAUUCUUUUAGUGGACCAGCAUUUAUCCACCUUAAAAAGCUGGGCUGCAGGAUUGUCGGCCCGCUGGUGGUCCUUUUCUGCCUCCAGCAGCAGCGCUCUGUGCCGAAAGCCGAACACCCUGUGUACAACAUGUCCAUGGCAGAUGUGACCAUUUCCUGUACCAGUCUGGAGAAGGAAACAAGGGAAGAAGUGAGUAAGUUGGUGCAGUUAAUGGGAGGUCGUGUGUUCCGGGAUCUUAAUGUUUCGGUUACUCAUCUGAUUGCUGGAGAGGUUGGCAGCAAAAAGUAUGUGGUGGUCGCCAAUCUGGGGAAGCCCAUCCUACUGCCCUCCUGGGUGAAAGCAUGCUGGGAGAAAUCCCAGGACAGUUUAUUUAGGUACACAGACCUUAGCAUUGAUGAGUACUUGUGCCCUAUAUUUCUGGGCUGCACAAUCUGUGUAACUGGAUUGACCAACUUGGAUAGAAAAGAGGUUCAAAGGCUUGUGGUGGAACAUGGCGGCCAGUAUACAGGCCAACUAAAGAUGAACGAAUGCACACACCUCAUUGUGCAGGAGCCCAAAGGUCAGAAGUAUGAAUGUGCACAGAAAUGGAAUGUGUAUUGCGUGACCAUAGACUGGCUCUUCAAUAGCAUUGAGAAGAGAUUCUGCCAGGACGAGUCCAAGUACAAGGUGGAGCCCCCCACGGAGAGAGAGCAAGCUUCUAAUACAUUCACACCUACAGGCAGUGGGAAGAAGCAAGGCGUUUCUUCAGCUUCAUUACUUCUAGGCGUGAGCCAAAUUUCCAACAAUAUGAGCUACAUCAACGAACCAGCCGGAGAUAACUUGGAAAUGCUUGAUAUAAGUGUUUUCAGUGCACAAGAUGACCUGCUUGAUGGCUGCAAAAUCUACCUCUGUGGUUUUGGUGGUAAGAAGCUAGAUAAGUUACGAAGGCUUAUUAACAGCGGCGGGGGUCUACGCUUCAACCGGCUCAGUGAGGAUGUCACCCACAUAAUCAUGGGAGAGAAGGAUGAUGACAUAAAACAGUUCCUAAGCAAGGAAUCCCACAGACCCCACAUAGUUACAGUAAAAUGGUUACUGGAGAGCUUCUCCAAAGGCUGCCUCCUUCCAGAGAAAAAAUACUUCCACUCAGACUACUUGCCCCCAGCACCCUCUGCUGUGGAGCCCCCUGUCCACAAGUCUGCACCACAGAGGCUAAACACCAGUGUUGAGAGGAAAGCAGCCGUGGCAAUCAGCCCCGGCAGUGAACAGAGAAAAGACGAGGAUUUGCUGUCUCAGUACUUGGAAAAGGACAAAACUGUUGUUGAAGCUGGGGACAGAAGCUGUGACGAUGCAACUUGUGUUAGCAUGUUGGAGACGGACCCUUCAAGCAACACCGUGCUGGGGGAGGCUGCCACGGUGCUGGAGGAGGGGGGUCUGUUCAGCGGGAAGCGGUUCCUGAUAGCUGGCUUCAGUGGAGAGGAUGAGGCCUGCCUGGCAGAGCUAAUCAAGGAGCAUGCUGGUAAAGUGCUUGGGGCCCAUAGCCGAGCCAUUGCUGACUUUGCAGUGGUGCCACUGCUGGGCUGUGAGGUGGAGUCCACAGUGGGAGGUGUAGUGACCAAUGCCUGGUUGGGAAUGUGUAUUGAAAAGCAGAUUCUCUUAGACCUGCAGAUGAACUCCAUGUUCACUCCAGUAGCUGUAGUGGAAGGAAGCACACCGCUGAAGGACUGUGUUCUUUCUGUCAGCCAGUUUACUGGUGUGGAGAGGGACUCGCUAGUCUACCUAGCUGAGCUUCUUGGAGCCAGAUGGCCCGGUGUUCUCAAUUGGUCCACUGAUUUGCCUGUUGGCUGGAUUUAUGAGGCGGACUGUUCUCUGUCCGCGGUGGGAGAGAAGCCAAAUCUCCUUGCAGGUGUCAUUAUCUGUGUGAGUAAGAAACUCAUUAAGAAGCAGAGUGAGCUGAACGCCAUUGCAGCCUCUCUUGGGGCGGACUACAGGUGGUCUUACGAUGAAACAGUAACACACUUCAUCUAUCAAGGCCGGCAGAAUGACACUAGUCGGGAGUACAAGGCCGUCAAAGAAAGAGGUGUUCAUAUUGUCUCAGAGCACUGGCUUCAAGCAUGUGCAGAGGAGCAGAGGCUGGUGCCUGAAUCCCUGUAUCCAUAUACAUACAAUCCUAAAUUGAGCCUGAACCUCAGCCAAGUGCAGGACAGAAGAGUUUCUGCACCUAGGUCUCCACCCAGCAUCUCCUACUGUAACAACCUGAAACAGGAUUGUGAGCAAGACAAGUCAUAUGUUCCAUUGGAUACAGAUGAAGAGUUAACAGAGGAAACCAGAAACCACCGUGAAGGUAGAAACCCUGAAAAAACAAACCUAAAAAAUCUGGAGAAAGGGGAUCUGACUGAAACAUUGGAAAUGCGAGAGAAUCUGCAGCGGCAGCUCCAGGAGAUAAUGUCGGCCACCAAGCCACCAAAAGGCCAACGGGUUUCACUGGCUGCUUUGCAGAAUUCUCCCCAGACCCCUGACAGUGUGGGCCACUUGGGAAGGAACGGGCGUAGCCGGGCCCUGGAGGCACUCAGGCAUUCCCGUCGGGCAAUGAUGGACAUGAACACAGAGCCCUCUCAAAACGAGCAGAUUACCUGGGACGACCCCACUGCCAGAGAAGAGAGAGCUAGGCUGGCCAGUAACUUGCAGUGGCCCGGAAGUCCAUCCCAGCACUCUCCUGAGACUCACCAGAUCAACAUCCUCAAUGCAGAAGAUGACAUCCCCCAACAUAAAGUGUCAUUGACUGAUCCAGAACUGGCUGAAUUUGCUAUGUGUGAACUUGAUGAAACAGACAAGAACAAGACUGCAAAAGCACCAGACCCACUAAAGGUUGAAACUCCACCAAAAGAUCGCAUUAUGCUCAUGCCACUUGCUCCCAGCAUUGCCUUUCCUCUGGCAAACCCACAAGUUGCACCACCACCAAAGGGACAGAAGGAGAUAAAAGGAUUAAAGAUCCAGCCUGUAUUUCAGCUGUCUUCGCUUAACCCUCAAGAAAGAAUUGACUGUUGCCACCUCAUUGAAGAACUUGGUGGGGUGGUUCUGGAGAAGCAGUGCUUCGAUCCUAGCUGCACACAUAUCAUUGUGGGACACCCCAUGAGGAAUGAGAAGUACCUGGCCUCAAUGGCUGCUGGAAAGUGGAUACUCCACCGGUCCUAUCUGGAGGCAUGCAGAGCUGUUGGGCACUUCAUUGAGGAGGAGGAUUAUGAGUGGGGCUGCAGCUCCAUCCUUAACGUUCUUCCUGGAAUAAAUGCCCAGCAGAGGAAACUUGCUGUUUCUGCAUUGAGAUGGAGAAAGUUCUUGCAGAGGCAAAGGGAGACCAACAAUAGCUCAGAGGGAGCUUUUAGUGGCUGGAAAGUAAUAUUAAACAUUGAUCAAGCAAGAGAUGCAGGAUUUAGACGACUGCUGCAAUCUGGUGGAGCUAAGGUUUUUCCAGGUCAUUCUCCAUCUAUGUACAAGGAAUCCAGUCAUCUGUUUGCGGAUUUCAGCAAACUAAAAGCUGAGGAUCCCAGAGUAAAUGUGGUGGAGGCUGCUGCUCAGAAAGUGAAUUGCCUUAAACCAGAAUAUAUUGCAGAUUAUCUUAUGCAGGAUCCACCUCCUGCAAUGGAAAACUACUGUCUGCCAGAAGCUGCACAGUAUCUGCAAAAUAGGUUGGAGCCAAGUAAAUGUAUAACCUCUUGCAAACGGAAAGCUUCUGGAGAUGCAUCAGUAGUGAAGAAGUCCAGGAUAAACUAAAGAUGUAUGUAUUCAUAUUUGCUUUUGUCUGAGACAAAUUUAUAGUAUAUCAGAUUUUGAUCACCAAGUCAUUGAAAAAAACAAUAUUUAUGUGGGCUAUAGUUGUGAAAAUAAAUAAUUGUAUCAUUAUUUUGUUUGUUUUCCAAUAUGCACUGUAUAUUGCUACACUUUUUAAAAUUAAAUGUUUGUCAGCUUGUUUGGUAAGCAAAACAUGUAAAUGAAACCAUUGGUUAGUAUGACACCUUUUUAAUGAA